GGAAAUAUUUACACGGGGGACUAAUUGCCGCUGGACGCAUGAGAGGUUGUGAGAAUUAAUGGAAUUAAGGAUCGGAGAAAAGAAAUAGUCACGGUCGUAUUAAAAUCAUGAGUAGCGUAUGUUAUAUUAUAUAACUCAUGUCACUGUUAUCUUGUUUCGGUGCACGAUUGUGUGGCUUGGCUUUUCAAAGAGCUACUGUUACUGAACCUCAUCAAUGGAAACUAAAAGAAGUGCUUUCUUGGGCUUCAUACAGAACUACAUGUAUUCGUACGGUUAGCCACCAUCGAGUCGUUUUAGGUGUAGAAACCAGCUGUGAUGACACAGGAGCCGCCGUGAUGGAUGAGACCGGUUCAGUCCUCGGAGAAUCUUUAUAUUCUCAGAAAGAAGUGCAUUUGAAAACAGGUGGGAUCAUUCCAACAGUGGCCCAACGACUGCACAGGGAACACAUAACGACAGUGAUCCAGCAGGCCUUGGCCAUGAGUGGAGUUACACCAAACGAGCUAUCUGCUGUUGCAACCACAGUAAAACCGGGUCUAGCACUGAGCCUCGGGGUGGGCCUGGAGUACAGUCUGAAAUUCGUACAGCAGUAUAAAAAGCCAUUCAUCCCAAUCCACCACAUGGAAGCCCAUGCACUGACUGUCAGAAUGAUUCACUCUGUCCAGUUCCCAUUCCUCGUGCUCCUGGUGUCUGGGGGUCACUGUCUACUGGCAGUGGCUAAUGGAAUCGAUGACUUUCUUCUCCUGGGACAAUCACUGGAUGAAGCGCCAGGAGACACUUUAGAUAAAGUAGCAAGAAGACUAUCCCUCAUUAAACACCCAGAGUGCUCCACUUUAAGUGGUGGCCAGGCCAUUGAGCAUUUAGCUAAACAAGGCGACAGGCUUAAGUUUUACUUGAAGUCACCCAUGGGCCAACAUUUGGACUGCAACUUUUCCUUUGCUGGUCUUCGGAACCAAGUGACUCAGGUCAUUAUCAAAAAGGAAGAGGGGGAAGGUGUACAAAUGGGUCAGAUGUUGUCCUGUGCUAAUGACAUUGCUGCUGCAGUGCAGCACACUGUGGCUUCCCAUAUCGCAAAGCGCACCCAUCGUGCGAUACUGUUCUGUAAAGCCAAGGGACUGUUGCCCCAAAACAGCCCCACUCUGGUUGUCUCUGGAGGAGUUGCAAGCAAUCAAUAUAUCAAAAAGACUUUGAAAAUUGUUACGGAUGCAACCGAUUUGACUUUGCUCUGUCCACCCUCAAAAUUUUGCACAGACAACGGUGUCAUGAUUGCAUGGAAUGGAAUAGAGAGACUCCGAGAGGGAAAAGGAAUAUUAAAUCAUAUUGAACACAUCUGCUAUGAGCCAAAGGCUUCAUUUGGGACUGACAUUUCAGGACAAGUGAAGGAGGCAGCCAUAAAGAUUCCACGCUUGAAACUGAAGAUAAGAGACUGAGCUGUUGUUUUUACAAAAAUCAGAAGUAUUUUUCACUGGCAGAUUUUGUAAGCAUUCAAAACUCUGUACUAUAUGGCCCUUCAAAUAUGCUUGAUUUUGUAUAUUAAUGCUUCAAUGUGCAAUUUAUGAAUUCUAAUUUGUACAAAUUGUUGAAACAUGUACUAGAAACAGACAUACAGAUGAGUUUAUGGUUGUUUUGUAAUGCUUUUUAAUAAUAGAAUGUCUGUACUUAAAACUA